AUGGGUAGGUUACUAGGUUUAGAGCUCAACAAUUUCAAAUCAUACAGGGGUAAAACAAAAAUUGGCUUUGGCUCGUCCAAUUUUGUAUCUAUCAUUGGUCCAAAUGGUUCAGGAAAGUCAAACAUGAUGGAUGCAAUAUCCUUUGUGUUGGGUCUCAACUCGUCUCAGCUCAGGUCAAGGCACUUACGAGACUUGAUAUACCGUGGGAGAAAGGAUGCAACUGUCGAUUUAGACGAUAGCGUCUCCAACAUUGAACAAGAUCCUAGAACAGCUUAUGUAUUGGCCAUAUAUGAAAGAGAUGAUGGUGAAAUCUUGCGAUUAAAAAGAUCGAUUUCAGCUAGUGGAAGUACCGAGUAUCAAAUCAAUGAUCAAUCUGUGACUAGACUCAACUAUGCAGCUACGUUGAAGCAAGAGAACAUUUUAGUCAAGGCAAGAAACUUUCUCGUGUUUCAAGGUGAUGUUGAACAGAUUGCUGCACAGAACCCAAAGGAAUUAUCUGCCAUUAUUGAGCAUAUUAGUGGAUCCGACGAAUACAUCGAAGAAUACGAUCGUUUGAAAGAAGAAAAGGAUCGGGCCCAUGAAGUCACCAAUGAAGUGUUUUCAAGAAAGAGAACUUUGAACUCAGAGUCCAAGCAGUACAAGGAACAAGCUUCUGAACAACGGCAAUUCGAAAAGAGUCUUAUCUUGAGAAACGACCUUGUCAAGAAAUUAAACUUGUAUCAAUUGUACCACAAUGAAAGAAAGCAUUACCAGUUAGAGGAGGAAAUUAGGGCCAAGAAUGACCAAUUGAAAGAAUUGAAAAGUGAACUUUCAAAAAAGGAAAGUACUUAUAAAUCAUUCACAUCAGAGUGUUCCAACAUAGCUCUUGAUUCAAAAAGUUACACUAGACAAAUCGAACAAUCCAAUCAGAAGGUUGAAUCCAUCAAGCGAAAAUUAAUUCCCCUAGAGUCAAACAAGAUAUCAUUGUCCUCUAAAAUUAAGUCACACGAAAAUAAAGUAUCAGAUUUGGAGACUGAUAUUACUUCUCAAAAGGCGCAAAUAAAGAAACUCGAAAAGCAACUAAAUGAUAGCAAGAAGUUGUUUAAAGAUUUUGAGGAACAGGUUCGAUCUUCUAUCGCUGCAUCAUCAAACUUGAAUAUACCAGAGGAGGGUCAGCAAGAGUACGAGAAGCUUAGAGCAGAGUAUUUGGCGGCCAGCGGUUCCGAUCUCGAAGAACAGAUUUCCUUAUUGAUUAAUGAUAAAGACUCCUUGGCAAUCAAAGAAAUGAGUUUGACCAAUCAAAAGUCCAACACCGAGUCAAGAAUGCGAAAUCUUCAAUCGAGUCUCAACUUGGAGUUGAAAUCAAAGUUGAACGAUUUGGAAAACGAAAUUGCCCAGAUCUUGAAUAAAAAGGAGGAAAAGAAUACUGCUAGAGACAAGCUUAUUCAGCAAAAAGACGCGUUUAAUAAGGAAGAGUUUGAACUCAAUACUGAGCUCAAAGAUGUUUUGUUAAAGUUGGAAGAUUUAUCGUCGCAACAACGUGAAUCCAACAAGCAAAAGAAAUUGAGAGAAAAUAUAUCCAGCCUCAAGAGAUUACUCCCAACCGGGUCUAUCAAGGGCUUGGUGCAUGAGUUGAUUCGUCCAACUGAACAGAAAUACGAAUCUGCUUUGCUGACAAUCUUGGGGCAUAAUUCUGAUGCCAUAGUUGUGGAAACUGCCGCAAUUGCUUAUAGGUGUAUUGACCUUUUGAAGGAAAGGAGAGCAGGUGUGGCUACGUUUAUUCCGUUGGAUUCAGUUGAAUUUGACCCAGUAAAUUUGAGCUAUUUGAGGUCUGUAAAUGACGCCGCUGUUCCAGGAAUGGAUAUCGUGGAAUACGAUGACAAGUCACUAGGACCUGCAGUUGAAUACAUUGUUGGAAACGCUUUAGUUGCUGAUGAUAUAAAUGUAGCCAGGUCUAUUAGAUGGAACUCGUCGAGGAAGUUUGAAAACAAAAUUGUGACAUUGCAAGGAUCAGUCAUUCACAAGUCAGGACAAAUGACUGGUGGUCAACAACUUCGCAAGUCUUCUGCAAAUAUCAGUUGGAAUAAACAGGAAUGGACAAAGAUGAAUGAAAGAAAAGAGGUUUUGUUGUCAAGGGUGAUGAAAUUACAAGAAACUAGACCAAAGGAGUUGGAAAUCAAUUUGUUGGCAGAAGAGAUUAGUCUGUUGGAUGACAAAUUACCGGUGUUGAAGAAUCAGAAAGCCACCUUAGAAAGGGCGAUUAAUGAUAAACUCAGUGAAGUUGAGUUUCUCAAGACACAGUGUACCAAAUUUGAUGAGACUUUGCAAGAAAUGAAACUGGACUUUGAACGAAUCGAUAAGGAAAUUUCUCGAAUUGAAAAGAAUAUCAAGAAGAAAAAGUCUGCAAUAUAUGAAGAUUUUUGUCAAAAAUGGAAAAUUAAUGAUGGUAUUGAAAAAUAUGAGGAGUUGCAUGGAACAGCCUUGAGAACACGAGCCAAAGAGAGAUCGUUAUUUUUGAAAUCAAUCUCCGUUUUGCAGAAUCGAUUUGACUUUGACACAAGUCGAUGCCAGGAGACCGAGUCGCGUAGACAUGCCAUCAAGAUUCAAAUUGCUGAUUUGAAGGAGGAGUUGAGCAAUAUACAACAGGAGAAGAACAGCUUGGAAGAUGAGCUCGAUGUUGCUCUAGCAGAGAAUGAGGUUUUACGCAAGGAGCAAAAGAAAGUGGAGCAGCUUUUAGAAUCGAAGUUGAAAUCAUCCAAGCUAGUUGAAAACGAUUUGGCUGAAAAGUCACAGGAGACGACAAAUCUUACAAAGGAGAUUAUCGAGAAGGAGGAGAGGCUAUUAAAAGUAGAUUCCAUUAGAGCCAACCUUUUGAAGAGUUGCAAAAUACAAAACACGAUUUUGCCAUUGGAGGCAGGCGACCUUGAGGGUAUAUCUAUGGGCGAAGAUUCAGAUGGAGCCUUGGGUGAAAUCUACAAAAUCGAAAUUGAUUACGAAAUGCUCGACGACAAAUACAAGGAAACUUUCAGCCCCAAGUUGGAGGCUGAACUUGAGGUGAUGCUUCAGAAUACCAUUGAAAGCUUGGAAAAAUUGACCCCGAAUGCCAAAGCAUUGGAGAGAUUCAAGGAUGUUGAAAACAAGUUGAGAGGUUACGACAAAGAUUAUUCAGUCGCCCGCCACAAUGAAAGGAAAGCCGCAGAUAAGUUCAAAGCAAUUAGCGAAAAGAGGUAUGAAAAAUUUAUGGAGGCAUUCAAUCAUAUAUCCGGCUGCAUUGAUGCCACCUAUAAAGAAUUGACCAAAUCUAACGUAUCUCCUAUGGGUGGAUCUGCAUUUUUGAUCUUGGAGGAUGAAGAUAGUCCCUAUUCGUCCGGAGUAAAGUAUCAUGCAAUGCCUCCUAUGAAACGGUUCCAGGACAUGGAGUUGUUAUCGGGAGGAGAGAAAACGAUGGCAGCAUUGGCGUUAUUAUUCGCCAUUCAUUCCUUCCAACCAGCACCAUUUUUUGUUUUGGAUGAAAUUGAUGCUGCUUUGGACAACAGCAACGUGGCAAAGAUUGGAAAUUACAUUAGGAACCAUGCUGGCCCCAAUUUCCAAUUUAUUGUUAUCUCAUUAAAGAACAACUUGUAUGAGAAAUCUGAUGCUCUCGUGGGUAUAUAUCGCGAACAAAGAGAGAAUAGUUCCAAGACAGUGACGCUUGAUUUGAGUGAGUACCCAGAUGAAGAUGUUCCAUUACCUGGGAACCCAGUUCUUGCCGUAUAG